AUGGCAAAUUUUGAAUAUCUACCAAAUGAGUUAAUACUAAAGUGUUUUUCUUAUCUUGAUUUCUAUAAUCUAUAUGAAAUAUUUUUUUGUUUAAAUCAACGUUUUAAACAAUUAAUUCUAUAUCAAACAAGAGUUCAAAUUGAUUUGUGUUUAGUUCCACAUGAAAAACUUCCAACAUUUUGUUGUCACUUAAAUCAAUUAAUAACAACAAAUCAAAACUAUGCUCCAUCACUUGUAGCUGAUGAUAAAUAUAAACUUAAUUUAAUAUUUGAAAAUGAUCUAUUUAAAGAAACAUUCUCCAAAUUAAAGUCAUUAACAUUAUCAAACAUACGUGUCAAAACUGUAUACAAUAUAGUGUUCGAUGAAACAAUUAAAAUAUAUGAAAAAUUAGAACGAUUAUGUUUACGUCGUAAAAUCACUGAAGAACCUGGAGGAAGCAAUUAUACAGAUUUAUUAUGUUGCAAUUUAAUAUCAUCAAAAAUGAAAUUAUUAAAACAUUUGCAAUUAAAUUUUGAACCAUAUACAUAUCAAUGCACGGACAGUAUCAACAGAGAUGAUGAUUACGUUAACUUAAUAUUUUAUCAAUUAAUAAUAGGAGAUAAAUCAUUAUCUGAUAUAGAAACUCUUAUAAUUGGAAGUAUCCCUUGGCAUCGUAAUUGUGGAUAUGUGACACAUACGAGAAUACGUUUUAAUAUAUUAAGUGAAAAGUUAUUACUUUGUCUACCAAAAUUAAAAUAUUUAAUAGUAAAUGAAGUUCAUCUUGAAAAAGACCACUAUGCAAAACAAAACAGAAUUCUAGCAUCAACUACAGAAACAAAUUCAAAUAUUCCAUUAAAUUUAGAAGUAAUUAAAAUCUGGAUUGAUUGGCGUUAUUAUGGAUUAGAUACUAGGAUAGCAAUGACAAGAUUUCUACAAAAUUUCUUUAUGAAUAACAAUUCGCUAGAUACAACAACAAUUAAAAGAUUUUAUAUCAAUAAAAGAAAUGCUUUAAAACCUGUAGAUUUAAUGAAUUUUUUUACAUAG